AUGGAGAAGAAAGCAAUUCUAGAAGAGCUUCUUUUAAAGAAGUCACAACAGAAGAAAAAAAUAUCACCAAUUAAUUACAAGAAAAGGUUGUUUGUUCUGACGAAAACAAACCUCUCUUACUAUGAAUAUGACAAAGGGAAAAAAGGAAGCAAAAGGGGGUCAAUUGAGAUUGAGAAAAUCCGAUGUGUUGAGACAGUGAAUGCUGAGGAAUCAACACCUCCUGCGAGGCAAUAUCCUUUUCAGAUUGUGUACAAGGGUGGCCUUCUCUAUGUCUAUGCCGCUAAUGAGGAGAGCAGGGAGCGGUGGCUUGCAGCUUUGCAUAACGAAAUUAAAGACAAUUCUGAUUUACUAAACAAGUACCAUAAAGGAUUCUUCAUCAACGGGAAGUUCCUCUGUUGCAACCAGACCUGUAAAGCGGCCCCUGGGUGUACGAUUUGGGAGAAAUAUGUGACUCUCUGUUGCACAACUGGGUCUGUGAAACCACUGCCUCCAGUCCCUUCAGAUGGUACAGAGGGAGAUGCCAAAAACUUCCCUCCACCACCCUCCCCAGUGAAAAUGGUUCUCAUAGUAGUUGGAGAAAACGUUGUAACCGAAGAUCGAAAACACAGAAGCCUGCUUCAGACGCCAUCUCCAGACAAGUCAGUCCUGCAAAUGGCUGUGGCCCAAUGCAACUAUGAACCCGAAGGAAAUUCAGCUAUCCGGCUUGUCAGAAGCAAUAAAUACUGUGUAUUGCAAGAGGAAGAUUCUGACUGGUGGAAAGUAAGGGAUUUGGAAGGGGAAAACUCCAGUGUCAGUGAACAGACAUUGGCAGAAGAGCAGAGUAUUGCUAAGCAUGAUUGGUAUGCUGGUAAUAUCUCCCGUGCCCAGUCUGAGCAGCUGCUCCGUCAGAAGGGCAAAGAAGGUGCUUUUAUGGUUCGGAAAUCUAGCCAAGAGGGGAUGUAUACUGUGUCUGUGUUCAGCAAGGUUCCUGAAAGUAAAAAAGGAACAGUCAAACAUUACCAUGUGCACAGAACCCCUGAGAACAAGUAUUACCUUGCUGAAAAUUACUGUUUUGAAUCAAUUCCCAAGCUUAUACACUACCAUCAGCACAACUCGGCCGGUAUGGUGACAAGGCUCCGGCAUGCAGUGUCUACACAAGUAAAUAAAGUCCCAUCCACAGCUACAUUAGGAAAUGGAAGCUGGGAGCUGAAACGAGAAGAAAUUUCCCUGUUGAGAGAGCUAGGGAGUGGUCAGUUUGGAGUGGUGCAUCUGGGAAAGUGGAAGGGACAAUAUGAUGUGGCUGUAAAGAUGAUUAAAGAGGGAUCAAUGUCAGAAGAUGAAUUCAUAGAAGAAGCUCAGACCAUGAUGAAACUGAAUCAUCCCAAACUUGUUAGACUGUACGGUGUAUGCUCAAAAUCAUAUCCCAUCUAUCUAGUGACGGAAUACAUGCCUAAUGGCUGUUUGCUUAGCUACUUAAGGAGCCAUGGGAAGGAACUACAACCCCUUCAGCUUCUGGAAAUAUGUUAUGAUGUUUGUGAUGCUAUGGCGUUUCUGGAGAGCUGUCAGUUCAUACACAGAGAUUUGGCUGCUAGGAACUGUUUGGUUGACAGCAAUCUUACUGUGAAAGUAUCUGACUUUGGGAUGACUAGGUAUGUUCUGGAUGACCUGUAUAUAAGUUCAUUAGGAACCAAGUUUCCAGUGAAGUGGUCAGCACCAGAAGUUUUUCAUUACACUAAAUUUAGCAGCAAGUCAGAUGUAUGGGCCUUUGGUAUCUUAAUGUGGGAGGUGUUCACUUUGGGAAAGCAGCCCUAUGAGCUCUACGAUAACAUGCAGGUGAUUGAGAAAGUCUCUCAAGGAUACAGACUUUACAGACCGCAACUGGUUUCAGACGUCAUCUGCCAGAUAAUGUACAACUGCUGGCAUGAGCUACCAGAAAAGCGCCCUGCCUUUUAUCAGCUCUUACCAUUUUUUGAGGCACUGAGAGAAGACAACCAAGCUUGA